AUGUACAGUAUGCUGUUUGCCCCCUUCAUUGGCAUCAACAGACAUGGGCAGUCAAUUAUGCUUGGAUGUGGAUUUGUCCGACAGGAACUAGCCUCAAGUUAUGACUGGUUGUUUGAUGCUUUCCUAGAAGCAAUGGAUGGUUUGUCUCCGGACAACAUCAUCAUGGACCAAGAUGUUGCUAUGGCACAAUCUAUCAAGAGGAAGUUCCUGGCAACGAUUCACUGUUGUUGUCGUUGGCAUAUAAUGAAGAAAGCACAAGAGAAGCUUGGCCCUGUGUUGGCUAGGAACCCGGAUUUGGUAAAAGACUUCAAUGAAUGCAUUGACUUCAGUUUCACCCCGGCUGAAUUUGAAAGGAAAUGGGAUGCACUUCAAUUGAAAUAUGAAGGUCUUAUGCAGGGUCACUUUGAGGAACUCUAUGAAUACCGGGCUACAUGGGUGCCGUGUUACUUCAAAUUCAGGUUCUUCCCUUUCUUUCAGUCAACACAACGCAGCGAAGGGUUCAAUGCUGUGUUGAAGCGCUAUGUGAACCCACACAAAUCAAUUCUCAACUUCGUCAAGCAAUAUGAGAAGAUUCGGGUACACAUACUCGUGAGGGAGGGCGGGAACAACUACCGGACAGAGCAUCUAGACACACAAAGAUGGUCGCGUUUCCCCAUUGAGAGGCAUGCCUACAAGGCAUACACUAGGGACAUCUAUGUGAAAUUUAGAACUGAGUUUCAGAUGAUUGGUGUCCCCUUGGAAUCAACUUCUAUUACCUUGAGCCCAAUACAGAAGAAGUUCUAG